AUGGAUACCACAAUGUUGCCACCUGCUUUGAAGGAACACAGAAACAAAACGGGCAAAGAACUCUUGAAAAUGAGAUGCAAGACUGGCAGUGAAGUGUUCCCGACCAUCAUGGCCAGAUAUGGGAUGCAACAUGCUUUGAAUCGUUCCACUUUGGAGACCAAAGGAUACUAUGGGCAUUUCUUUCAAGACGAACACAACCAAUUGCGACUGCUACAUCCUGCGGAAAUUCAUAUGUUUUCCAUACAUUUGCUGCAGAAUCGUUUGAGAGCAGAUGAAUCCGACCAUUUUACCAGCCAAACAGCUCAGUUCUUUGUUCCCAAAAAUGACAGAACAAGAGAUUGGCAGAAGCAUUUGCAAGCUUUUGAUGUGAUUGACAAUCGUGAUGACCACUUCAGACUGCAGCCGCACCAUUCCUGGCAUCCUGAACAUGGCCUCAUUCACAACGAUACACUCAUGCAUCCUGAAACAGCUGCAGUCAACACCUCACAAAUCACGCUGCCAACGGAAAUUGAUGAAGAUGAACCGGUCAUUCUUUCGAGCACCGUGCCAUUUCAGCCCAUGCUGAGAAUCCAAAUCUUGACUGAGAUUACGAAAUUUGAACUUUGGGCAGUGUCAAAUGUUCGACCAUGUGACCUUUCAUGGCAGUUUGAUCACCAAUUCAAGAUUGAGGAAUGUGUGAACAAUCCAGAUGGUUUUGCCAUGCUCAUGACACGACAGAUUCACCUUGCUGACCUUGAGACUUGCGACACAUUUGCCACACCAUGCAUCAAUGAAGGUAGACUCUUGUUUAUUCAGCUUGAUGUUCAAAAGCCCAUCCAAAAGCAACUUGACGAUUUGGGACUGUCCGGUCUCACCUUUGACCAAUUUGGCAUUGUUGCAGUAGGCCAGCAGUUCACAUUUCGUACGAUGAUGAUGAACUUUCGCAUUUUGCACAAACCUUUGGAUCAACAUGCAUGCAUGGUACUUGCUGCGUACAAGAAAGCACAGAUGUCAUUCCUUUCGGACACAGACACUUUGUCAGUAUGUUUCAACUUUACUGGAGAGGACACGCCUGUGAAAACAAUGAUGCAUUUUUGGGCCAAUGUUCUUGAUGCAAAGACACGUGAUCAUUUGAAGAUGACCACCCAUACGCAGCUUCUGCCGAAUGGAGGAGUAGUGACAUAUUCCUCUUCCUUGCCCAUUCCUGCAUCCGCCAUUGCCAGAAUUCUGUCAAUUGCUGCCACGCGUCAGAUUUUUGAUACACUCAGUGAUCCCAAUGGAACCAGGGUCAUUUUGAAGUGGCAAUCUAAAGCAAUCUGGGAUGGUUUGUUGGUAGGAGAUGUGAAUGCACAGCUGAUUGGAUCUUUGCUUCAACUCACAUGCUUUCCUGAACUCCUUGGUAGGGACAUGCGCAUGAUUCACAAAGCCAAGCAAUGCUGCAAUGUUUCGAUUGAACAGCUCCUUUCGGAAACACAUGCGAACUUUGUGAUGAUCCAGCUUAUGAAAGAGAUGAGUGGAGGUGCAGGCACAAAGGACAAUCAGAAGACCUAUGUGAGAAAUAGUCUUGCUGCCACUUUGCUUGAGCAAGGAUUUCCUUUCAACUGGGUCAGUGAAGCAACGGAGAAACUUGUUGCGUUGGUUGGAUUGAAGCAAAUCACACAGGUCUCAAACUUGCCUCCGGGCAAACAACGUCUUGACAGCAUCUUGCAGCUUUGUGAACAAUGUGAACUUUCGCCACCACUUGCAGUCUCCAAGUCAGCACAGAAAGUUGCACAGGUAGGCAUGAACAAAGCCAGAAAGCGUGUUGCAAUCAAUGUCAACCCUGCAGAUUAUCGGAUUGAGCCUUCGUUCUUCCUUGCAGAAAAUGAUGAAAAGCUUCCGCAACUCCAUGAAAUCAGACACAAGAGCUGCGGGGUCAUGCUCAUGAGCUUUGAUCAAGCCCUCCCAUGGCUUCGAGAGCAGCAGAUUAUUUCUGCUGAUGAGCUUGCUAUGGUAAUCCUAGGACACCAUGAGAAUCUUCAGGCGACGCUCAAGACACAAUGCCUUCAUGUGCCAUGCCAAGACUCAGAUUCCAGGCCAGUCAUCCUUAAAGCGACCCUGGUGCAACUUGGAGAGAAGGUGGUACGAACCCAUGUCUCAGAAAUGCCAAUCAUUGAUGAACAAUCAUGCAGUACAGUGUCGAUCACCUAUUGGAAAGAGGAUUGGUCAGUUGAUGAAUGGAAGCAGAUUGUGGAUCAGCCAUUCUCUUAUGCCCGUCAAAUUCUUGCUGCGCAGGGGCUUUCCGAUCUUUUGCAGUCCACAUGGGGAAAAUCCGUUCGCAAAGACAGGAUGCCAACCACUAGUUAUCAUGCAACUAGUGUACAGUUCCAUGCCACCAUUGCUGGAGACCGAAUCCUCGAAGCCUUGAAUGCAUCCGGAUUUAAUAAGUUGUGGUUGACCCCUAAGAACAAUCAAGGUCGCCUUGACACAUCCUGGAGAAUUGUAUGGGUAGAAGGUUCAAUUGCCCAUUUGACGAGCCUUGCAUCAAAAACGUCUUGCUGUGCAGGUUUGGUGAAGAAUCAAAAGUCGAUGGGUCUUCGCUUCUCAUCCAAAGACUUUGACCGGGCUUGGGCUGUGAUUUUCCCUGGAAAGGAAGCACCUAAGGUUCAAGAGGUUCACCACAUGUUCCAACUGCAGAGUUUGCCAUAUGGUACCACUGCGGCAAUGCUUGAGCAGUGGGCCAACAAUAUUGGUUGGACUUUCAAGGCAAUCAAAGCGCUGGGUCCCAAUUCCUGGCUCAUUGGUAGUUGCGAUAUGCCACCACCAGGUCUUCAGCUGUUCAAUAAUCGUCCCAUUCUCAUCAAGCAUUUGCCUCCGAAAGACACUGCAAAUGGGAAUCCGAUCGUAGCAGGACCAAUGCCACGUAAAGUUGAUCGCAAUGCCAUGUCAAGUGCGUCAAUGGACCAGACCAGCCCUCACUUUGAUCCUUGGGCUGGAUACAAUGCUAACAAGAUGCAGCCAGCACAACCGAAGGACCUCACAGGACCUACAGAAGCCAAGUUCCAAGAGCACGCAGCCAAGCUCAACUCCCAGGGUGAGCAGAUCCAGAAAAUUGAGAAGGCCCUCAUGCAGCUUCAGAGUGACACCAAGCAAGAAUUUCAAAAUGUGCAGCAGCGAGAGCAGCAAACGCAGAUGCAGAUGCAAGCGGCCAUCAAUGCAGUGAAAACUGACUUGGAAUCAUCCUUUCAGCAAGCUAUCAGUCAGCAGUCCUUGCAACUCAACAGCACUUUGGGUGAACUCAGGACCUUGUUGCAGGCCAAGCCAAAACGCACUCGUUCUGCAGAUGGAGAUGACGGUAUGGAAGGUUGA